AUGUUUGGUUUUGGAGGAUCAAAUAAAUCGGCUACAAAUACGCCAACUCAACCACCUACACCAAGUUUUGAGGAUCAAGUACCUACAUUGCGUGAAUUUUUACGUGAAUAUAAUCGCAUAUCCGAAGUGUGCUUCAAUGACUGUAUCAAUGAUUUUAGUGGAAAAGCGGGGGUUUCUUCAGCAGAGGGUUUAUGCGUUGGUUUUUGUUUAGAAAAAUUUCUAAAAGUCACUCAGCGUAUAUCACAACGUUUUCAAGAGCAUCAAAUGUUAAUGAAUGAAAAUCAAAUGAUUGUUGGAAAAAAAACAGGACUAUUUAAAUAA